AUGAUAACGUUACUUAGAAACCUGACAAACUUGACCCCUCCUCAUGGUGGAUAUGACCGGUUACCAUCUCCUAAUGAAACUACACCUACUUCAGAUCUGGCCAGAAUAAAAUAUUACAGAAACAAUCUGGCUCAUCUGGAUGAGGGGAAAAUAGCCAACAAUAUGUUCAUCACAGCAUGGGACGAUAUAACUGGUGCUAUCGGCAGGUUAGGUGGACAACCAAUGAAGCAAGUGUGUGAUAACCUGAAAACAAAGACAUUAAACCAGACAAACCAAGAAAUAAUAUUGGACAUUAAACGUUCUUAUGAUGAAAUGAGGGAAUUAAAACAACCUGUGGAGAGUUUGAAAAUAGCAAAUGCAGAUCUAACAGUUGAAGUAGAGAAGUUAAAAGAUACAGUUCCAUGGAAUGUAAGAGCUUGUGUAUUAUUUUCAAAACAACAGAUAGAAAAACAGUUUAUUGUUUAA